CUCCAGUCUCUGGAGAGGCGGCUCGCCGGCUGACGGGGCUGGGCUCUGAGCUGCUUCAGAUCGCCGCAGGUGGCUACCGGAGCUGACUCCCAGCAUUACGGUAGAGCUGCGCGCCCCCUUGCUGCGGCUUCGCCAGGCCGAGCUGGCUGGGCCGCGGAGCCGCACUCGCUACCCCCAGCGCGCUGUGGCCUCGCUUGACUCUGCGCUUUUGCUCUCAGAGAUACUUGGAGUCGGAGUCUGCAGGAUGCUGGAGAGUUGGUACGAGCUACCCGCAAGACAGCUUGAACUUUCCUGGGGAUUCCUCUACCAGCCUGUUAGAUCAUCUCGUGCGUUUCGCCAGAUACUAAAAUAAAAUAGUCCCUCCAGUGCCCUUUUGGAAUAUUGUGACUUCUCUCCUUAAAAACUGGCCAGCCUCUUCCCACUGCCAGAACUAUCUUGUCUUCAGAGUCUGGGAUAAAGGCUAGCAGAUGAGAAAGCUAUGUCACUGCGGUCCCUCCAUCUCCAACACUCCCAGAGGGGCAUCGUUCCUACCAUUUUUCUAGCCUUCAGAGAUUUCUCCAGAGCAAUGACCCAGAAGACUUGAUCAAUUUACGAUUAGAGUGACAUUGUUUGCCGAGCCCCCAAAAUGGCAGCUAAAAUGGAGAUAACUUUGAGUAGCCACACUGAGGAUUCUGACAAGCAGGAAAGACACAUACUAAUGAAGCUGGAAGAGAAACGGGGGCCCCCUCAGCAAAAAGCCUGCCCUGAUCCUGAGCUUUCCCGCCAGAGCUUCAGACACUUUUGUUAUCAAGAAGUGUCUGGACCCCAGGAAGCGCUCUCCUGCCUCCGGCAGCUCUGUAGACAGUGGCUGCAGCCUGAACUACACACCAAGGAGCAGAUUUUGGAACUCCUGGUGAUGGAGCAGUUUCUGGUCAUCCUACCUCCAGAGAUCCAGGCGCAGGUCAGGCAUCGAUAUCCUAUGAGCAGCAAGGAGAUUGUGACUCUGGUGGAAGAUUUGAACAAAGCAUCCAAAAAACCAAAGCAGUGGGUGACCAUUUGUAUGCGAGGGCAAAAGGUGCUCCUGGAGAAAACAGGAGCUCAGCUUGUAGAACAAGAACUUCCAGACUUUGAACCUCAAACUGCUAGCAGAGAUAUUCAAGAGAACUCUCUGGAAGGGCCUUCCUGGGAAGGAUCUCAUGACCAGCUGAAUCCCCAUCCUGGGGAGAAAUAUUCCUUCUACCAGGAACCAGUCCCCAAAUUGACUGAGACAGAGGCCUCCAGAAUGAGAAGUGAGAAGGAAAACCCACAACAGGAGGGGGCAAAAGGAGCAGAGACAUAUGCAGUGUCACCCGGGAGACCUGCAGGGGGUAGUCUGCACAGCCCUGAGCCAAGAGGGGUGAACAUGAGUGAACACCGAUUGUCACAGAGGCAGGCCAGACCCCCAAAUGCUCAGAAGGCAUUUGCUCACUACCAGAGACAUUGCAGAGAACUGGACUAUAUCAGCAACCCCCGCAGAGGCCAUCCACUGAGAGAAUCAAAGACAAGCAAAGGAGGCAGAAGAAGCCUGAGCAGCCUUUUGCAAUGUCUUAGUCGCCAGGCAGCCCGCUCAGCAAAGAAACCCUGUAAGUGUGAUGACUGUGGGAAGAGCUUCACCUGGAAUUCAGAAUUGAAACGACAUAAGAGAGUGCACACGGGAGAGAGGCCCUACAUCUGUGGGGAGUGCGGAAACUGCUUUGGGAGGCAGUCGACUCUGAAACUGCACCAGAGAAUCCACACUGGGGAGAAACCAUACCAGUGCAGCCUGUGCGGGAAAAGCUUUCGCCAAAGCUCCAAUCUCCACCAGCACCACAGGCUCCACCAUGGGGACUAAACAGAUGCUAGGUGCUUCAGAGUCCCUGGGAAGGGCUUCUUGUCUCUCCUUUCCUUGCAUGUAAAUCACAGAGUGUCUUUUUGACCCCUGGGGAGUGAUGGGGAAGAGAACUGCAGAGUGGGGACUAGUUACCCAGGAACAGGAUGAGCCACACACUAUGAGAAGCCACGUUAAUAGAAUGAGGAUGAGCCACAAGAGGUUUUAAUUAAUUAAUCAAUCCUUAAUUAAAUUCUCCUUGUUGCCUUGUCUUAUACAAUACAGUUGUUUUCAUGUGCACUCUUAAGCAGUUCACCAGAAUUCCAAGAAAACAUUCACGGGGAAUCCACUAAUAGUCUUUCUGCAACUAACUUUUUUAUUGUUGGUGUCGGUGGUUUUUAAUUAUUUUUUAUUUAUU